UUCGCCUCUAACCCCCUCACACGCUCUCACUCUAACCUCUCUUUCCCGCCUUUUUUCCCUCCGUUUCCGAUCGCAAGCAACCCAAAAUUCAUUCAAAUUUUCAACUCUCUCUCUCUCUCUCAUCGGAAUUUCGGAAUCGGAGCUCAACGACCACCACGAACAGAUCAGAGCACCGCCGUGAUCGAUCCGCGAGUUCCUGUUCCUUCGGGGGCGCAUUUCAGGUCAGUUAAUUGCGCCUAUGCUUAGCUGAAAUUGCAACUAACAAUGGAUUCUGCAGCGCGUCAAAUUUUGCGUGAUGAGCGAACGAGUGAUUGUCGGAGUUUUGGCAGCAAUGUUCAUCAGUCUAGCCAGUCAAGGAAAAUUUCUAUUGGAAUUAUGGUGGAUUCAAACGCUAGAGCAAGAUGUGGAGCUAAAGGGGACGGGGCUGUUGUGUCAAAUCCAGAAAGGGUAACCUCUAAUGUGGGAAAUUUCGUUGGAGAGAAAAGCAAAGUUGAAGGGAUGACAGCUUCUGCUAAUAUAAAGGAAAUUGGAGGUGCAAAAGGGGUGGAACAUUCUUGGGUAUCUAAAUCCUUUUACCAAAAGACUCCUACUUCUGAGACCAUUCUUCAAGCCAAUGAAACUUCUAAUUUGCUAGUCUCUCAUGGGGGGCGAGACAAGCCUGAUGGAAUAAAAUGUGCAGCUGAGAAACAGUCGGUUCAGUUUUUCUCGUAUCAGACUUCAAAUUUUCCUUCUGAUAAUUACAAGAAGUUUGAUGGGGAAAGCAGCAAAAGGAAGGGAAGGAACGACGAGACCCCUGAAGAAAGGGUAGAGGAAUUUACAUUUACCACAGCACCAGGAGUUGUUGAGUCUGAUAAAACCAAGGCAGAAGAUAAAGUAAACAGAACAGACAACAGCACUGAAAAUUUGAGAAUGAAGCUUUGCCAAAUACUGGGGACCACUUCUUCCCCUAAGACUCAGGACUCAGGUUCUCAUACUCGUAAGAUGGAUGAGGAAAGUUCGCCAAUCAAGCUGAGAGUGUACCAGAAGGAACAUAAAUUUGCUAAGAAUAUACAAAAUUCAGAUCCCAUAGAAACUGAUUCAGAAAAUUCUGGUCAAACUCGUGAAAGGCCAGUAACUCGUUCUCGGACCAGAAAGAAAGCGUCUUCCCAGAAGCUGCCUGGAAAAGGUAAAACUGGACCAUCUUCUAAAGGUGCAGCGAAGCCUCUAUCGGGGAAAGGUAAAACUGGGCCAUCAUCUAAAGGUGCAGAGAAGCGCCGAGACAAAACCAUAUUCUCUUUUGAAGAAAAAUGGAUUGGGGGCCAAGAUGCUUUUCCAAAUGAUAGUUCCUCAUUGUCUUUGAAGAAAAAGGGCCAUGGAAAGAAUUCCAGAAUUGGGCGAAAGAAUAUCGGCUUGGCUGAAAAUUAUGCCCCAGACAAACUUCAUCAAGACACUUCGAAGACUGAUUUACCACUGAAUGAUGAGGCACCAUUUUCACUUGGGAAGAAAGUGGAAGGAUUUACUAGUUUCUUAUCUGAUUAUCAGAAAAAAGUCCCUCAGGCACAGAAAAUCAACCAAGAAAAAGAAUUUUACAAGCCACCAACUGUAAACAAUACAAAUCAGCAUGGAGAACUAGAGGUUUCAGAAAAUGAAAAGCAGCAAGAGUGUAGAAGUAGUCCAAUAAAACAAAAUGUUGCCAAGUCACAAGAUGAAUUUCAAAGUCCUACAUUUCAAUUUAAGACAUCUAUUUUAAGUUCUUCUCCUAGCUCAACACCAAAAACAAACAAAAAGGCAAAUGAUGCCAGUAGUCCAGCAUCGACUGACAAAAGAUUCUCUCUUGGAAGCAUUCGUAAUUUAAGGACUUUCCAGGCUUUGGAGCCAGACUUCAACGGCCUAAGGGAACCAAAGCUGUCUUCUGAUAUGGAGGAGCUCAAGAAUUCUAGCCCCAGAAAAGAAAAAUAUUAUGAAAAAGAGGAAAAAGAGCAGGAUGGCUUGUCUGAUUCAUCAUCUGAAGAGAUGAACUUCAAAGGAUCUCAUCAUCAAGGUUCAAGAGUGAGGCGUUCUGCUGAGAGGAAGAGUUUUACGCUUCAUCCAAUCAAACGGCUGCGCAAACAUGAAGGCAUUAAAUUUAACGAUACCAGUCCAGCUUCUUCAAAAGGUACAGGAGCAAGUGAUUGGAUCGACGGAGCUUCUGAACAGAAUCAAGAUGGAUUUGUUAGGGCUGUUGAACUGUUUGCCUUGGAAUUGGGAAAACUUAAGAGCAAACUUAAGUUGAUGACUAAUCAGAAAUCCUCAGAAAUUUUGAAGUCUGUUGCUGAAGAAAUACAUCUACAGCUGCAGGAUGUUCAUUCCCAGAUUCAAACAGACAUAGGGAAGCUUACAAAUAUCGGCAAAUCAAAGAGAAAACGGCUAGAAACAAGAUUUGAAGACCAACAGAAACAGUUGAGGUCAAUAUACGACAGAUUCAAGGAAGAGGUUACUCUGCAUCUACAGGAUUGCAGAAGCACUGUUGAAGAUCUUGAGGCCGAUCAGAUAGAGAUAAAGGGAACCCUGGAAAAGCAAAGAGUAGCACACAAGAAGCUUCUAUCGAAAGUUGAAGAAGCAGUAGAUAUCCAGCUCAAUGAUGCUCAAAGGAAAAUCACAGCCACCCAGGAGAUGGCGAGGGGAAAACUGCUACAACUGAAGCAAGUUAUAACUAUGUGCUUGAAAGAGGGUAUUAUAAAUUGAAGUGGUUUCUGCUGAUGCCUCACAAGUUAGGAAAUUUGCUGUGAAGUAACACAAGUUGAGAUUUCAGUAGAUCCUUAGUACUGGUAUCAUUAGAGAUUUCUGUGUACUUUAUAUUAUCCUCCCCCUGCACCCCGCUUUUUAGUAUUGUUAGCUACAGAGGAACUUCUUAACGUGUGAUAGAACAGACAUCUGGCCUAGUUCAAGUAACAUCACUUAAAUUUUCUUGUAUUAAACUCGAAUACUAGGUUUAUUAAGCAUGAUUUGUGGGGAUAAGCAGAUCCCCAUGUUUCCCUAGGAUUGUUUCUUUUUUCCUUUCCAACUAGCAAUAUGGCGGGUCCACUUUCUUUGAAUUUCAAGUACUUGCUAACAAUGUCUAAAAAAAGGAUGUCUAAGGUUCCUUGGAAAGAGAUAUGAAGGGAAAAAAAAGUAAAGCACAAGUCAUAUU